AUGGUUCCCAAAUCCGAUAAGCCAGAAGUGGCCGAUCUUGUGCGUGACCUUGACGAUGCCUCGUUCAAGAUAUUCUCCAUGUACCAGAAUAAGAAGUACUUACCCCACAACCAGCGAGUUUCCAACAUCGCGUGGCGUAUUCAGAAUCAGAAGAUGAUUGGUGCUAACCGAGCGAAGGUCUCGAAACCGCAGAGCGCUCGCCAACUGGCUACAAAGUCUCAUCCUGAUCCGAAUGUUGAUGAGUUUGAUUACGUUGCCCAUAUCAGGCGGAUCUCUCAGGAGGAAUACGGUCAGGACCCUGUUCUGGGCCCCCAGAAUGCUUCUGGUUCUGACAAGUCGUAUACGGGAAACCCUCAAGACUUCCGCUCGUCGCAUUAUGACUAUAAGUCGUCUGCCAAGUCCGUGUCGUCAGUGUCGCUGGGAAUGACGCCCUCUCACACUCCCACGGCUGUCCAUCCGUCCAGUAUGACCAUGGGCCAUAGCAUUUCCAUGGGCGAUCCGCUUGUGGAGCGCCAUUCGCUGAUGAUGGAGGUGGACAAGCCCGGCGCCUCCACUGCAAAUGGGAACCCUCCUAGUAACUCGUUCUUGUCCUCCUACAUCAAUCUGCUUGAGUCUACCCUUAAGCAUGAUUACAAGUUGGCCCAGACAUCACCUCCGGGUCCUCUGGGCUCAACUUCCACUCCAGCACAGCUGGUACAUCUGAAGCUGGACUCUUCGUCUUCGAGAUCCUACUUGCAGUGCACUAACUGUCACACCAGAACAACUCCACUAUGGCGCAAAACCAACCAAGGUGAUGUGCUUUGUAAUGCUUGUGGUCUUUUCUACAAGCUUCAUGGCAUCUUGCGGCCACUCAACAAUGCAGCAGGCCAAAACCCAAAUUCACUGGCCAUGUCCCGCUCAAAUACAGGCCUGACACAACACUCGCCUCCAAGCACCACUGCAAGUGUCAAUAUUGCCCCAUACUCGUCUUCGAAACGGUCGAUUGACAGCGUAAUUUCCAAUAACAACACCAAGUUGUUUUCGAGGAUUGGUAUGAACGACCACCCUUCCUCCAUCACCAGUCCCACAGACUCCCGUACAUCACGACUUUCGUCGAGUGUGCCAGUCUCCACUGCCCAUGGCAAGGCUGGUGACAAUAUAAGAACGUUCUUGGACUUCCAACAGACUUCUCCGAUCCAGAUGACAGGUCCAUCUGGGGAGUCAUCUCUUGAGCAUAACACCAAUUCUGCGUCCAACGGAACGGAUGAGAUCGACAAAUUGCUCAAUAUGAACUUGUUCCAACAGGAGUCAUUCGUAAUUGCUGAUGAGGAGUCUCAUCAUGGAGACUUUAAGGAGCAUCAAUUCAACUAUGGUGGCUUGGAAGCCACCGAUGAGAUUUUGAUCGAUGAUCCCGGUUACAGCAAUGGCAACAACUGGAACUGGCUCGACUUUGGUCCAGCCACGGCAGGUGGCCAUUAA